GCGGUUAAAAGAAAUAAAUAUGAAAGCAUCUUAAUAUUUUAUGUCCCAGUAUCUACAAGUAUGUGAACAACAAAGGAAUAUCUCAAGCCAUUCGUAAUUUCGUUGAUAAUUAGUCAUGUCUCGUUAAGAAAUGCUGCAAUCCAUUUAACAAAAAAAAUCAUAAAAAAGUCAUUAAAAACUUAGUUUUAAUAACAAAAAAUCACGCUCAUGAUUUUAAAGAUUUUAUUGGGAAUUAUAUGUGCAAUUCAUGUGAACGGACUGUUUAUUCAGGCCGAAAACCUGAAAUUCUUGGUGAAUUAUCGGUGAAUAAAUGUCCUGAAGUCAACGAGCCUGAGAAGUCAAAUGAUGUUAUCGAAGAUGACAAAGAAAAAGAUCCUACUUUUCAUUGCAAACCGGUAGAUAACAAAUUAAACAUUGAUAAGGCUAAUAAAUUUUUAACGAAAAUUGGUGAACCUCCAAUCAAAACCAAGAGAGUCUCAAGUAAUAAAGAAUGUCAAAACGUUUUAACAUAUGUUGUUACGCUUCCUACAGAUUGGUCGAUUAAAAUGAUAAGGAAAGAGUUUAAAAGUUUCCAAACGAAUGGUGACAACUGCAAAAUAAAAUACGACAAGAACGAGGAUUCGCAUCGGAACCUAUGAUUAAGAGAGGAAAAUCUCUAAACAUUGAAACCCCCGACCGUAUUGAAGCUUUCUAUCUAUCCGAUGAUGUCAGCCGCGUAAUGCCUGGUAUGAAAGAUUAUGUUCCGGUGAUUGAAAAUGGGAAGAAAAUCCAAAAACAAAAACGAUUAUUAUUAUAUAAUGUUCACGAAAUACACAAAAAAUUUAAAGAAGCUUAUCCUGAGAUUGGACUACCCAAAUUUCAAAAACUCCGACCUCGGGAAUGUAUAUCUGCUGGCAAAAGUGGAACUCAUAAUGUGUGUGUGUAAAAUCCAUCAAAAUUUCAAAUUGAAAUUAGCUGGAUUUAAAAAUGAAUUAAAAAAAGAGGGGACUAUUAUUUCAGAAAGCUCAAAUGAUUUAAUUAAAAGCUCUGUUUGCCAAGAGUCUGCAUCAUUUUGUUACUUUUCAAAGUGUACUAAGAGUCCAGGAAGUGAUAGUAUUAUCAACAAAUUGGAACUAUUGCUUAAUAACCAUGAAAUAAAUGAAAUUACACACAGCCAAUGGAAAAGUACUGAGUA